AUGGAGAAUGUUCAAAGCGCAAGUUGUAAGUCGCCGAAAAAUCACACCCAACAGGAAAAUGAUUCCAACGAUGCGAAUAAGGUAAACCAUUUCGUUGCAGAGGAGGAAAGAAGGAAAAUGCACAUUGAUAAAAAUGGUGCCAACGAGGGGGAGAAUGCUUCUAGUAGACAAAAUGCAGAUAGUAAUAAUGACCCCAACGAUAGUACCAGUGUCAAUGUGGAGGAUAAAAUAAUUAGGAAAUACCUGAGUAAGCGUAUGAGUAACAUAGGCUUAAGCCCCAUGAGAGGGAGUGAUAGUGGAGGAGAAGAAAGUGCAGAGGAAAGGGAAAAUCAAAGGGAAGAUGGAGGUGGAAACAGGGGCAGAAUAUUGGAGGAAAAUCUUCGCCAAAGAGGAGAGGGACACUCCCCCAAACGCCCAUACGAACCGUUCGAAAAACAAAUCAACAUCAUCAGUGAUAGCAACAGCGAUAGCAGCAGCGAAGGGGACGACAUUCCUCUGCUCAAGACACUGAACAUUGAUCAGACAAAAGUGCGCAUCAAAGUGGGAGAAACAACGGGAACCUGUGGUGGCGAUGCUGUUAGAAAAAUCGAUAGGGCAAUUCUAAAGAAGCGGAAGACUCACGUAGAGGCAGAGAAAGUAAAAAAUAUAAAACCUUCCCGCAUCAAUGGGGAUAUGCAAAGUGGAAAAAAAAACAGGGAUACCGAUCCUGAGUCAGAUGCAAGUAGCGAUGAUGAAUACUUAAUCAACCUCAUUAACAGGAACAGUGGCAGUGACAAAUUCCAAGGAAAUAAAAAACAACAAAGUGAAAGAAAAGACAGUGCGCGCUGUUUAAACGAAAAGACUAGCAGAAAGACAAGAAUAAGUACCGGCAGAGGGGAAGGAAGUGAGUCCUCAGUAGACGAAGAUAGCACGUCGAGUUGCGAUUCGGAUGAACCCAUCCUUGUAAAAAGUAAACUAAAAAAUAAAACCAAUUCUCCCCCAAGGGGAGUAGGCAAUAGUAACGAUCAGCACGCCAGCCUGGUGCAGACACUCUCCACCACGAGUGACGACAUCGGGGAUCAGAAUAACGGUGUCCUACAUAGUAACGAAACGAAGCAAGUCAUAGCGAAUUGUAAAGGCAACACCCAAGUAGCAGUAGUUAACAGUAGUGUAGACGCAAAGGGAAGGAAUGCUUCCUCAAAAGCGAAGCCAUCGUCUAAAGCGCGCGCAUCUCCCAUAGCACACCCUGUCGCAAACUCCAAAGGGAGUUCUGCUCAAAAAAAAAAAACGAAAAAAAAUUUAGGAAAAAAAAAAAAAAAAAAAAACAGCAAAAAAAGUCCGCAGAAAGGGGGAUCCAAGGAGGGGCGGAAAAAGGGUGUAGUCACAAAAAGGAUUAAAAAAGGCAACAAAGGGAGUGACAGUGCCAGAGGGGGUGAUCGCGCCAGAGGGGGUGAUCGCUCCAGAGGGGGUGAUCGUGCCAAAGGGAGAGGCCAUGCAAAAGGGAGAAAUAACGUCAACCGCAGUGAUAAACGAAAGCAUAGGCACAGUAGUGACGACCUCGAAAACAGCCUGAGCCAAAGCAACGACAUCGAAACAGAUUCCAUCGUUGUAGGCACCUUCGACCCCCAUAACCGGACACCCAAGGAAAAACUUGUAGCACAAUUACUCAUUCGCUGGUGGUAUGUCCUACCCGAUUGGCCAACACCUGAUUUCAAUUAUGAGCCAGAGCUGACCAGAAGGAAGUUAAGGUUAGUUCCCCUGGAAGAAUACGAAGAUGAAGAAGAUAUUGAUAAACAGGGAUUUAGAAAAGUAUAUGAAAUCUCUGCCUUUCCGGGAGUCUUUAGAGAUGCAACUGGAAAGGCAUAUGACUUAAGAGACAAGGAUUCAUGCCCAUCUUACAACAAUUUUAUGAAAAAAACAGAAUUACAGUUGCUAGAAUUAAUCUCACAGGCUAUAAAGAACCAAAUAGAAUCUUUAAAGGAGUCUGUGUAUGAUGAGAGCGCCAUGGAAAAGAUUCUCGAAAAACAGCUCAAAGAUGCAGAAGUGAAGUUAAAAAAAAUUACCAAAAAAAAGGAAACAAAAACAAAAGCGGGGGAAGAUCAUGAAGAGGAGUCCGAGGGGGAAUCCGAUAGGAUACACACUUAG